AUGGCAAAAGAGCAAGCCGUCUAUUCUCACGGCCAUCACAAAUCAGUUGUCGACGACCACGCGCGUCGUACGGCUCAAGACUCAGCGGCGUUCCUUCUGCCCCAUAUCAAACCAAACCACGUCAUUCUCGACGUGGGCUGCGGUCCUGGUACCAUCACUGCAGAUCUCGCGACCUUUGUACCAGAGGGCAAGGUCAUCGGUGGUGACGCGGUUGAGUCUGUCCUCGAACAGGCGUCUCAGUACGCCUCGUCAAGAGGGCUGACGAAUCUCACGUUCCAGAAAAUCGACGCCAAUGGCUUGCCGUUUGCGGACAACACCUUCGACAUUGUCUUCUGUCACCAGGUCCUGCAACACGUGAAAGACCCGGUCGCCAUCUUGAAGGAGAUGCGCAGAGUCGUCAAGCCCGGCGGUAUCGUGGCUGCUCGGGAAGCAGACUACAAGUCCUUCGCUUGGUACCCAGAGACUCCUGAAGUCGCUCGGUGGGCGGAACUGUACCAGCAAGUUGCAAAGGCGAACGGAGGCGAACCCAACGCCGGCCGAUACUGUCACGUCUGGGCACGACAAGCUGGCUUCUCGCCGGCUGAUAUCACCGCCACGUGGGACUGCUGGAGGUACGCCGGGCAACGGGUGGCUCAGUUCUCUCAGAGCUGGGCGGGGAGAAUCUUACAGCCGGGAUUUACGGGGACUGCCGUCCGGGAGGGAUUCGCGACGGAAGACGAGAUCAAGAGCAUCUCGGAAGGCUGGAAGACAUGGGGCACAGACCAGGAUGCUUUCUUCGCCAUUCCUAGCGGACAGAUAUUGUGUCGUAAGACAUAG